AUGCUUGGACGUAGUAGUCGAUUAGUUUCUAGGCAGCGACUUCCUCGACCAGCUCGACUUUACUCAAAUCCUUCAAAGAAAGUAAAUGCGCCGGCUACCGCUUUCGCCCAAGUCCCCCUACCCCAUUCAGAGUAUCCCCCCUUCUUGGCACAGAGGGAGGAGGACUCGACCCAUCUCCUCGCAAUGCACGGCUUUCUAAAGCGCAGAACACCAUACACAAUCCUGCCAACACCCCUUCCAGAUGACCGUGCUUCAGCUCUGAACAGCUUCUACUUUACCGAUUCUCCAACUCAGGACCAGCUGGCCGUUAUGGAUGCAUGUCUCCACAAUCUAUACGACGUUCCACGCGCAAAACAGGUCUUUGAACAACUCAGG